AUGGCGCAGGCUGACAAUGUUCACCAUUUCGAUCACCUGCGCCUCAACUCGGAUAGCGAAGACGAUGCCGUCUUGCUUCCCAAGGACGGAUCCUACAUAAUGCAACGCCCUCUGGACAAGUCCCUGGGUCACUCACGGCCAUCUCUGCGAGGGUCUGCCGCCAGUCAAGAUACCAUCCGGGCCGCUGCCUCUCUUCCUAUGAACAUACCGGCAGUCAACGAGAAUCCAGCAGUCAUAGACGAAACUCCCAAUCCCUCUACAUACAUUGACCAUUACAUGCGCCACCGGAACCCCUCUGUCAGUUUCAGUAAUGAACUCAAACUGGAUUCGGGCCAAAGCCAGAGUAUGGCAGAGCCGCUGGAGAAACCUACAACGGCCCUGAAACGCGGUCGCUCAUCCAUGCAGGCAAACGGAGAAGGAAAGACGUCGUCACGGGCACACAGUGAGUCAGGGCGGGAACACUAUGAUCCUGUCACUGGCCGCUAUCUGGCCAGCUUUUCGCAAAGCCCCGCGAGGGAACAAGCCCGCGUUGGUGAGGGUCGCUUUCCACUGCUACAGACCACGGUUGACGACAUGGCAAGAGAGACCCAGAAGGAUCCAACCCAACCCAUACCAAUGAUAUCUGAGUCGGCCACGUCACCGUCUAGUGAGGCGGUCCUAACACCAGAUGUGGACGACAAUUACCUGCUGUCGCCCACUACUAUUUCGCCCAUAGCUCAAGCAUUCUCGUACGAGGAGCCGAAAUCCUUCCGGCGAACUGCGUCACAGCGAUGGAGAGAUGGAGACUUGAGUUCCUCUUCCCAAGAUUUCUUCUCGCGUACGGGAAGUCUCCGCAACAAGAGUAUGCGUGAUAUUGCAGGGCGCUCAUCUCGUCGUGACACAUCAGGCUCCACCAGAUCCCCAAGGUCGGUGGCUUCUUCGUACCUUCGUGCAUUCUCAGUGAGCAGCGGUACCAAUGGCGACGCAGUAGACAACGCGCCCAUGGCUUGUGAUGCUGAAGGUCAGACUAUCGGUGAUGACUAUGUGCUCGGCAAACAGAUUGGUUACGGCGGAUUCAGCACGAUCAAGCAGGUAACACAACUUCAGGACAGAAAGCAACGGACACUUGCCGUCAAGAUUGUACGGCGGCAGAUCGAAGACAAGACAGAAGCGGAGAAUGAGCAAGCACAAGCCGAGUUCGAGCACGAAGUCGAACUGUGGCGCUUCCUCAACCAUCGCAACAUCUUACCUCUCGAAGCGGUAUACAAACUCGACGAGGCCACUUUCUGUUUCAUACCCCUCAACACUGGCGGGACGCUCUUUGACCUGGUCCGCGCCAACCGUAACGGCGUUCCACACGAGCUCGUGAAAAGCUACUCGUACCAGCUUGCGUCGGCCCUCCGCUACCUUCACCUUGACGCGCGCGUCGUGCACCGCGAUGUCAAGCUUGAAAACUGCUUAAUCGAACCAAGCAGCAACGGCGAGCCAGGUCUUCUGCGUCUGUGCGACUUUGGAAUGGCAGAGUGGCUUUCGACAGACAGCAACUCCGGGCCACCCAGCCCACGCUUCAACCACUCCGACCGGCCCCCUCAGAAACAUAUAGGACCAGCAGACACAUCGACGGCGGCUUUUACCGGCGGGAGCCUCGAGUAUGCUGCGCCCGAGAUCUUGCGGGUCGCCGAACGGAUCAAGGGUUCUAGUCAAGCAGAACGGGCGAUUGUCUCCCCUGCAGUCGAUAUGUGGUCGUACGGCGUCUGUGUGUACAGUAUGAUCGUCGGAUCGCGCCCGUUCCAGAACUCUUUCCAGCCGCGUGUGGUCAUGGCGAUCCUUGCGGGCAAUUGGAACCGGGACGUGUUACAGGAGAAAGGGGGGGACGACGUCCUCGAAGUGGUAAGUGGGUGUCUUGAAAUGGAUGAAUUGGCACGCUGGAACUCCACUAGAGUCAUCGAGUCCGCUUGGCUGGAAGAACUGGCAGACGAGGACGACAGCUUGCAGCACGGCGCAAAUGGAUGGCGAUUGUGA